AUGUCCUCCCUCCGUCGUUCUCGUCUUCUCUCCACUCUCUCUCGUCUCCGCGCAAACCCUAACCCUAACUCUAACUCUAACUCUCUCACUUCACAAGCUGGAAUACCGUCUCGCAACUCACUCGCCUCUUUUCUUUUCCCUUCUUUCCAAUCCUUCUCGACUCGCACGGAUGACGACUCCGAUUUUUUGUCUUCUGAGUCACCCUCGGAGUUACAACCUAUCAAAUUUGAACUCGAUGCUGUAACGGAGGGAGUGGUCAACGGUAGUCGUGUUGUUGAAGAGUCGAUUCUUCCGGUUGGUGCAGUAAUUUCAUUGUUGGAUUCUUUUCAUGAUCUCACUGGCCUCCCUUGGUGGAUAAUCAUUACUUCAUCGACAUUGGGUGGCACUCUAUGGUUUCAGAAUUUGACUGAAUUUCCUCAUGGUGGUUUAGCCUCCAUCUUUCCACUCCUUAUUGCUGGCUUGCACUAUGUUAAUGUUCAGAAAUGGUUUAAUGAGGCAAAUGAAGGUACAUUCCUUUUUGACCUGUUUAGAGAGAACAACAGCUACAGAUCAGAAAAUAUAAGGCUGGAAACAAAUAGAAAGGAGUUGGAACUGAUAUUGCAGCUUAGAGCUUAA